AUGGUCGCCUUUCGCCUCUUGAUGCUGGCGGCGGUUGUCGCCGGCGCAGUACCGAGCGCAUGCACCUUUGAGAGCAGCUACCCGCGGCGGUACGCCGUCCAGCACCUCGACGGCGCAGUCCUGGACGUGGACGGCCAGCUCGACGACGCUGGCUGGGCCAACGUGCCGUGGUCCGAGCCCUUCGUCGACAUUCGCGGCGAGACGUUUGCGGCGCCGUGGUUUCAAACACGCAUCAAGAUGCGCUACGACGACGGAUUCCUCUACGUUGGCGCGCACAUGGAGGAGACAGAGGUGUGGGCCAACGUCACGACGCGCAACGAGGUCAUUUUUUACGACAACGAUUUCGAAAUGUUUGUCGACGCGACGGGCUCGACGCACAACUACAAGGAGUUUGAAAUGAACGCGAUCAACACGACAUGGAAUCUCCUUCUCAACAAGCCGUACCGCGACAAUGGCCACGAGAACAGCACGCGCGUCGACCCGCGCUUUGGCUUUGACUUGCUUCCAUUCGGCCUGCGCUCGGGCGUGUACAUGAAAGGGUCGCCCAACCACCCGAACCAACGGCUCAAGUAUUGGACGGCCGAGGUCGCGCUGCCCCUUGCCGGCCUUGUGGCCGGGACGACGGCGCGCGUGCCGCCGACCGAUCACAGUUUUUGGCGUAUCAACUUUUCCCGUGUCGAGUACAUUGUGCAGAUUGUCGACGGCCACUACGAGAAAAUUCCGGGACUCAGCGAGGACAACUGGGUCUGGAGUCCCCAGGGCCAAAUCGCCAUGCACAUGCCCGAGAAGUGGGGCUAUAUUCAGUUCCAACGCCACUCGCCGCUGUCGCCCGUGCCCAUGGACCCGGCAUGGCCUGUCCGGUAUCUGGCGUUCCAAGUCUACUACGCCCAAGCCGCCUACGUUGCAGCGCACGCAGUGUACGCGUCGAGCCUAACGCAGCUCACACCCUACUUUGGCAGCAGCCACGACGUCCUUGCGUGCAUCGAGCUCACGCUUCAGCUUUCAGGUCACGGGUAUGAGGCUGUUGUUGCGUCCCGCAAGGCGACAGAGAGCGUCGCCCGCAUCACGCACGAAGGCUACCUAACAGUGACCUAG